AUGACACGACAAGCACUUCUACGCUCCUUCCCUCGCAUUGUGCCGCCCACGAGGGCAAUCAGCAUACGCACAUACGCCUCCUCAUUCCGCCCCGGCCCCGCGCCCCCCAAGCUACCCGCCGAACAGCAAGCCGAGUUUGAGCGUCUCCAGCGCCAGGCAGCCGUCUCGUCGGCCUUCAACCCGCCCACGAGCGCUGACGCCGCAUCCCCAGAGUCCAAGACGUCAGAGACCGCCGCUGCCGCCAAGGGGACCCCAGGGGACGGCGAGGGGGAAGAGGAGGCCUUCAACCAGGGUCUCUUUCGCGGCGCCAAACCAGAGUUUAGGGGCGACGUGAAUCCCAAGACGGGCGAGGUUGGCGGGCCCAAGAACGACCCGCUGCGAUGGGGCAGCUCCGGUGAAUGGACCUACAAUGGUCGCGCGACGGACUUUUGA